AGAUAGUCUUUUUAUCAUCAUAGUCAACAAACACAACAUACAUACACGCCACGGAAACAGAUAUAUGGAUUUGUUUUCAUUUUCAUUUUCAUAAGCUUUUCAGUACCAGAAAAUGUCUUAAGCUUGUCAAAGCGCAAAAGGCUAGGAAACUUCCUUCCUUUGCCCUUUUAGUUUUAUAUAUAUCGAUCUGUUUUCAUUCUCAUUUUUAUAUUUUUAGCUUACUUAUCGUAAGCGAGUGGUCUCAGCUUUGUCUUCACAUAUCCCAAAUUCUACCCUUUUAUCCGACACUUUACUGGAUCUUCAAGAAAAUUGCUUCCCUUUUUUUUACAUUAUCGUAUCUCUCAACAUUCAGCUCUUUCUUUCCUUUUUCUAACUUUUUAAGGUUCAAACAUUUCAGUCACUGCUACUCCUUGCUUAUCUGGUUGUUAGCGGAUUACUGAACUUUCAUCGAAAUUGUUCAUCCGGAUCAUGUGUUGGGUGUGAAUUUGUUUUGUUAGUGAGCUUUUCAGGAAAGGGUAGUCUUAGUUUUGUUAUAUAAGGGCAAUUGCUGUUAUUGGAGAUCUGGGUUUUCUUUUAUUGAUUUGAAGAUGGGGAUAUCAGAUGAGAAAGUGGUUGCUGUGAUCAUGGUGGGUGGACCCACGAAAGGCACUCGGUUUCGUCCAUUGUCAUUGAACAUUCCAAAGCCUUUGUUUCCUUUGGCUGGACAACCUAUGGUUCAUCACCCCAUUUCUGCUUGUAAAAGGAUUCCAAAUCUAGCACAGAUCUAUCUAGUCGGUUUCUAUGAAGAGCGUGAAUUCGCUAUGUAUGUCUCAUCAAUCUCUACUGAGCUAAGAGUUCCAGUCAGAUACUUAAGGGAAGACAAACCACAUGGUUCAGCUGGUGGGCUUUACAACUUCAGAGAUCUGAUCAUGGAAGAUAAUCCGUCUCAUAUCUUCUUGCUGAAUUGUGAUGUUUGCUGCAGUUUUCCACUCCCAGAAAUGCUUGAGGCUCACAAAAGAUAUGGUGGUAUGGGAACUAUCCUAGUAAUCAAGGUUUCAGCUGAAUCAGCCAGUGAGUUUGGGGAGUUGGUAGCAGAUCCCAUCACCAAUGAACUGUUACAUUAUACAGAGAAACCUGAAACUUUCGUAAGUGACCGAAUCAACUGUGGUGUCUAUGUGUUUACACCAGAUAUUUUUACUGCUAUCCAAGGUGUUUCCUCUCAACGGAAAGACAGAGCCAAUCUGAGACGUCUUUCCAGCUUUGAAGCCCUCCAGUCUGCUACAAGGAAUCCUCCGUCAGAUUUUGUAAGGUUGGAUCAAGACAUCCUUACCCCUUUUGCUGGGAAGAAGAAGUUGUAUACAUAUGAGACCAUGGAUUUCUGGGAACAAAUCAAAACACCGGGAAAGUCCUUAAAGUGUUCUGGCCUGUAUCUUGCACAAUUUCGGUUCACCUCUCCCAAUCUUUUGGCUAGUGGGGAUGGUACAAAAAGUGCCACCAUUAUUGGCGAUGUUUAUAUUCAUCCAUCAGCAAAAGUACAUCCAAGUGCCAAGAUCGGUCCCAAUGUCUCAAUAUCUGCUAAUGCGCGUAUAGGAGCAGGUGUAAGGCUCAUUAGCUGUAUCAUUCUUGAUGGCGUUGAAAUCAUGGAAAAUGCUGUUGUUUUUCAUGCAAUUGUAGGGUGGAAGUCUUCUAUCGGGAAAUGGUCCCGUGUUCAGGCUGAAGGAGACUACAAAGCAAAACUCGGAAUCACAAUUCUUGGAGAAGCAGUGACUGUUGAAGAUGAAGUCGUGGUCACCAAUAGCAUUGUUCUUCCGCACAAGACGUUAAACGUCAGUGUUCAAGACGAAAUACUAUUAUGAUAUUUGUAUCCGCUCCCGUUUGUCGCCUCUAGGCUCCCUCCUAUUUCGCUGCCCCUUUAUCUACCCUAGUUGUGAUGUAAUGGUUGCUACUGUGCAUUUUGUGAACUACGGAAAUCAGUAGUAUUUCUUAAUUUUUACUCGUAUGUAUAUUGAGAUUCUCAAAUUAGAAUAAAAUUCAACCGAUGUUUUAUUUGGUAUCCUUUAA